UUAGCAGACUAGAGAUUCGAGUACACCAUGUCAAGAUUAUUUUUACUCUUUAAAGAACGUAUCGUUUUGUGCAUUCUACCCGGAAGAUAACCGAUACAUGGGAUUCGUAACUAAACAUCCGACAUGUCAGAGGUUUGCGUGCCACGUGUUUAAAGCAAACGAAUCGUCGAGGCCAGUGGCGGAAGCGAUCGGACGUGCUUUCCAAAGAUUCUAUCAGAAAUACAUAGAGACAGCGUAUCCAGUGGAAGACAUAUACAUCGAGUGAACGGAAGAAAUCCAUGAUCGUCGUCGCAACAUAAUAUUAUUAUAUUAGGGACUCUGUGAUAUGUUUGAAGACGGACAGAACCGUUUGAAAAUUAUGAGCGAUAAAAAGGAAUGUUAGAUAUUGUGGUGCAUUAGCGUUCUAA